AUGAGGCUUCUCCUGGUCGGGAGGAGCGGAGCAGAGAGAAGCUCCACCAGGAACAUCCUCCUGGGAGAACGCGUGUUCAAGUCCAAGUUUCCGACUGAGCUGGUGACCGUGAGCUGUGCGCAAGCGCAAGGGCGCUGCACCGGCGAGGACAUCACGGUCGUUGACACGGCCAAUGUUUUCGAUCCGAGAGCCACCAUCAGCGAGGCGUACAAAGAAAUCACUCGUUGCGUCAGGCUGUCCUCCCCGGGCCCCUACGCGCUGCUGCUGGUAACUGAGCUGGGCCAGUUCAUCGAGGAGGACAAGGAGGCCAUGCAGAGGCUGCAGGACAUUUUUGGGGUUGGUGUUUUGAGGCACACGAUUCUUACCCAUGCAGAAAAGCUGGCAGGGAUGUCGCUGCACGACUACCUCCGGCGUUGUGACAACGGAGCGCUCCAGGGCCUGAUUCUGCAGUGCGGGAGCAGAUACUGCGGCCUCAGCAACGGAGCGGUCGGUGCCGAGCAGGAGUAGCAGGUUGCCAGGCUGAUGGAUUCUGUCUACCGUGUGGUGCAGGAGAAUGGGAGCAAGUGGUACAGCAACGACCUGUACCUGGAGCAGCUUAAUGAAGAAAAAGUGGAGUGUCACGUGGGGAGGCACAAAGCAGAGAGGAAAACGAGAGAGUGGUCCGGCGCUGUGCCGUGCAGGAUAAUUCCCAUCCUGCCCCGCACGCCCAGGUCCUCCGAGAGGGAGGAUGCCCUUCCCCUGCCCGUGGCCCAGGACAGCUCGCACGGUGCCGUCCCUGCUGAGUCCGCAGGGCUGAAACUCCUCUGCUACCUGGGGAACGGGGACCGAUCGCCCUCCGCCUGA